AGGGGGAGGAUUAAAAUUAUCUUUUUAAUUUAAACACAAAAGAUCAUAAGAAGAGAGGGAGAAUCUAGUCUAUCAUUCGACACAAUCAUGCAGCAACUACCGGAAGAUGUUAUCGAGGAAAUUCUGUCACGCCUCCACGUUAAAGAUCUUAUGAGAUUCAAAUCUGUUUCCAAAAAAUGGAAUUCGAUAAUCUCCAGCCAACACUUGAUUAACUUGCAUCUCAAGAAAUCGAUUUCCAGCCCUUCCCACCGUAGGAUCUUCAUUCCACAUUCUAAAAGCGUUGUCUAUAAGGGUCUCCAAGACGAUACCGAAGAGCUGCCGUUGCCUCCGGGAGCCAUCGCGUAUUUCUUCGGAGCCUUCGAUGGUUUGCUCUGUUACUUGCAGAAUCACGAUGACGCUACUAGAAUCCGCAUCUGGAAUCCUGCUACCAGAGUAUCAAAAACCGCCGAUUUAAAAUUGAAAUUCGAUAACUUCGUGUCCUGGUUCGGAAGAGAAUCCUCCGACGACGAGUACAAGCUUAUCUUAGGGAUUAGGCCACACGGAAAGCAGCUCGCAAAUAAUCAUACGCUGCUCGUAACCCUCUACGUGGAUGGUGACUCGAGUAAUUUUUCAGCCCAAGAAAUCGAUUUAGAUCAAUUAGUUUUCAAACCUUACGAGGAGGGAACCUUUUUCUGUGGAAUAGUCCAUUGGCCUGCGAACCGAAAUAGUUACUGGGUCGUUUUUACGUACGAUUUGGGCCAAAAAUCUGUCGGAGAAAUAGCAAUGCCUGUAACAUCGCAGAAUCACCUAUGUGGGCUUGGCGUGGUAGAUAGGUGUUUGUCUGCAAUUUGUGGAAACUGUGAGGGCUUCUGUGUAAUUUACGAGGUUUGGAUAAUGAAGGAAUAUGGGAUUAAGGAAUCAUGGACUAAGUCGAUGAACAUACCUCACCCUGCCGGUAAUAUACAAUACAUGUACUUGGUUGGGGUUAGUGAUUAUGGGGAUAUCUUUUUCAGAUCUAGCACUGAACAUGUUAAUUUAUUUGUAUAUAAUGUGGGGGAAAAGAAAUAUACGGCGACUCUUGUUUCCGAUGGUUACUUUGUAAAAACGUACGUCGAGACUCUGGUUUCCCCCAACCUCGGCAAAAAAAGGACAGUUGGAGCAACAUAAGGAUGAGCCUUCUCUUGAGUUUAUGGUUAGUUUAUUUUCUGGUAAGUAGUAUUUGUUUAAUCGGUUAUAUGUUUCGGUUUUAUUGAAACGAAAAAAGGGUAUGCGGAUCUCGUGACUGAUUUCAAGACUAAGUUGUGUGAAAAUAAUUAAGUUCUUUCUGCUUUUUGAUUGUAAUAGUGAAAGUAGCUGGUGUUUAAAGUCGAUGUUUAGGUGAAGACGUAUUUAAAUCAAGGGUAAAUAGCAUUUAACCCCCCUGCGGUUACAAACUUUUGCAGAUGACUCCCUUGUGCUUGUAAUAUCGGCACAUAACCUCCUUGUGGUUUAUGGGGUAGCUUCCGUUAGUUUUUUCCGUCAAACUUAACCGCGUGUUUCAAACUUCAAGGGGGUCAUCUGCAAAAAUGAAAGCACAAGGGCGUCAUCUGCAAAAAAAAUACUUUCACGUUUGACAGAAGCGGUUAAGUUUGAUG